AUGGCCUUUGUCCAGCCCGGCUGCCCGUCUAGGUUCGCCUACCAGAAUGAGCAUCGUGUCAAAGGGCUCAACGCAGAAACCCUAGCGAGGGUCUUCCUUCCAACGCCCUCAUGGCUGUCGACUCCAGAGUAUGCAGCAAUCCGGUCAGAUCCUGACAAUCCAUCGACCUGCAUCUUCUUGAGCCUUAAUAUUUCCAUAUACAACCAACAGAUAAUCCCCUCGGAAUGGACCGAGCAGUGGUUCUUUAUGGUCGGCCGUGUUCAUCCCUUUGCCCUGACGUGGGAAAUCGAGCGACGUGAUAGCUUCGAGUCGGAGGAUGACAACAUUACAGAAUACACCAUCCCGGCUCUCAUCGUCCGCGACCACAGCUACCAGCCAGUCAUCCCUCGCACCCUCGGCUCGGCGGAUGCCUUCCCAGCGAUACAACCCAUUGUCUCCUUCACGGGACCUGUCAUCGGUUCCGGCCGCGACCUUCUGCAUGGAAACUCGGCUGCGGCCCUGACGACACCCAGCUGA